GUGAUAGGCUGAGCGCAGAGUGCCGAGGCAGUUGAGCAAGAACAGGAGGACAACUUGAGACACCAAGCAACAACAGCAACGAAAGGGCAAAAAACAUAAGUCAAAUACUUGCUAUUGUCGCACGAUCAUUGUAACCCGCUGAAAUAAUCAGAUGUGCCAAUGGCCCUGAUGUUUCACAUAUCUGAUUCCGACUCUGACACGCCUGAGGAAGAUCGAGUCAGAAGAGCGGCCACAAAGGUGCCACCCUCUGGAGGCACACUGCAAAUACCUGGCCACAAAGCAGGAAAACUGUCUACAAGGCACAGGGUUAACUCUGAAGACCAGACCUCUCGAAGAUCUGAACAUGGAGAGGAGGGCGGUUUUUCCUCCGAUGACACACCAUUCCGGGGUCGCUCCCGCUCAGCUCCCCCUGCCCUCUGGGCUGCCAAAAAGUACGGCCAGCAGCUAAGGAGAAUGAGCGAUGAGUUUGACACCCUGCUAAGCAAAGCGGACAUGAGGCGGGUACGGAGCGCAGGGUCAGCCCGGCAGAUGCGAAAAUCCUCCAGCUGGUUUCCCUCCUUCUGGAGCCACAAAGAGACAGACGGGGAUGCAAGCAUCACGGACUCAGAGACCUUCACCGCUGAAUGAGGAUGAGGAUGAGCGCAACCAUGGCCAGAGGGGAAGGAGUAGGCCACCAGCGAAGGCACUGAAAUCUCAGAGAAACCUCUAUACACUAUCUCCCAGCGUAAGGCCCUACACCUUGCCACUCAGACAGACCUUCCACAGCUCUUUUCAUGCCUCCUGAACUUAAUGCACACACCAUGCAAGGACAGAUUGAGGCAUUGACAGGAGCAGUAAGGAUUAAAAACAUAGUUGAUCCUGCAACGAUCUAUUGGAAGACUUGUGGAGAGGUGUGGAUUCAGAAACUGCUACUUUUACAAUAGUGCUUACUACGCAAGCAUGGCUGAAAAGUUGGGGAAAGGAUUAGAAUGGUCUUAUUAUCUAGGGAGCAAACUAUGCGUGGACCAGGAGAACUGUUGGGCAUUAUUCCAUCUGAUGUUGAUUUGUAAGACCGCAAUAAUUUGGCCAAUUCA